AGAUAGAAAAUGUUAGAAAUGUUGUUUCAUCCAAUGGAGGUCUUAUCUUUUGUUGGAGGUUCUCUUUUAUCUGCUACAUUUGACUCGCUACUUGAAAAGUUGAAUGGAUAUCUAGGCGAUCAGUUACAAGAUUCAAAGGAGGAAGUAUGUGCCCAGAUGGAAAACUGGAAGACUUUAUUGCCCAAAAUCACAACUAUACUUCAACACGCAGAAGAAAAUCAAGUUGCCAACCUAUUUGUGAAGUCAUGUCUUGAUGAUCUCAAGGACUUGGCUUAUGAUAUGGAGGACAUACUUGAAGAGUUUGUGAUUGAUGCCAGAAGGUCCAAAUUGAAUGCAGAACUUGAUGCUAAAGCCAACAUGCGACAAAAAAUCACCUCCACUAUUAUGAAUUUAUUUAGAUAUGAGGCCAAACCCAGUCAAGAGAUUGAUUCUGUGGUGAAUCAUCUAAAUGUUAGAUUGCAGCAUAUUGAAAAAGAGAUGCAUACUUUUGGCUUGAUCAAUUUGAUUAUGAAAGCUGAAGAUAAGUCCCACAGAGUAACUGUUGAAAGACUACUUGAGUCUCCUCUUCUUGAAGAUAAGGUGUGGGGUCGAGAUAGUGAUAAAGAUGUUAUUCUUCAGAGGUUGCUAGAAGAUGGAGGUAGUCUCGAACAAGACUUUGUUAUUCCCAUUGUUGGAAUGGGUGGACUAGGCAAGACAACUCUUGCUCGACUCAUUUACAAUGAUGAAAAAUUGGAAGGUAGGUUUGACUUGAAGGCAUGGGUUUGUGUUGCUGAUGUAUUUGAUGUUCCAAAAAUAACAAGAACUAUUUUAGAACAUGUAACUGGGGAAGAACAGUGUAACUCUGAUUUUGGUUUGCUUCAAGAGAAAUUGAAAGGAAAGUUAUCUGGGCACAAGUUUUUGUUUGUAUUGGAUGAUGUUUGGAAUGAGAAAUAUGGACUAUGGGAUGUCUUAAAGAGACCUUUCAUGUCAGGAGCUCUUGGAAGUAAAAUAAUAGUCACAACUCGAAAUAAGGAAGUUGGGAUGAUGAUGAGAGGAGAUGAUGGAGUUUACAAUUUAGAAUUACUACAAGACAAUGCUUGUUUGCCAUUAUUUACACAACACGCAUUGGGGAAAGGGAACUUUGAUGCGCACCCAUACUUACAAGAUGUUGGUGAGAAACUUGUUAAGAAGUGCAAAAGAUUGCCACUUGCACUAAAAACACUUGGUGGCAUCUUGCGAGGAAAGCUAUGUCAUAAUGAGUGGGAAAAUAUAUUAAACAGUGAGAUAUGGAAUCCAUCAGAAGAUAGAAGUGGAAUUCUUCCUACUCUGAGAUCGAGCUACAAUCAUCUUCCUCCUCACUUGAAGCGAUGCUUUGCUUAUUGUGCUUUGUUCCCUAAAGACUAUGAAUUUGACAAAAAGGAGUUGGUUUUGUUAUGGAUGGCUAAGGGCUUGUUACAGCAACAGUCACAUGAAAAGAAGCAAAUGGAAGAGGAGAUUGGUUAUCAAUAUUUCGAUCAGUUGUUCUUAAGAUCACUCUUUCAACAGUCAAGUGGAGAUGAAUCGCGGUUUGUGAUGCAUGACCUUAUAAAUGAUUUAGCUGUAGAUGUUGCUGGAAAAAUAUAUUGCAAUCUUGAACGUAUCAUGGGUGAUGAAAAAUUAGAGAAAGCUCGUCAUUUGUCAUUCACUCCACACAAGUAUGAAAUCUCAGAGAGAUUCAGAGUCUUCGAUAAAUUGAAGCAUUUGAGAACAUUCUUGCCACUCUGUGGCCGCAACACUUGGUUUUACUUGCCUAAAAGAUUCUUGCUUGAUUUCCUACCAACAUCAAAUCGCUUAAGAGUGCUAUCUCUUUGCUCCUAUCAGAUAAGCAAGCUACCAGAUUCUUUUGAAAAUUUGAAACAUAUUCGAUACAUUGAUUUGUCUAAUACACUUAUCGAAUGUCUAUCUGAAUCAGUGGGUUCUCUUUUUUUCCUACAAACACUAUUAUUACAUGGUUGUUAUCAGCUUACUAAGUUGCCUACAACGAUUGGGAAUCUAAUUGAUCUCCAUCAUCUUGAUAUCACUUUUACACCAUCUUUAAAAGAGAUGCCAUCAGGAAUAGGCAAUCUUAAAAAUCUUGUAACAUUGUCCAAAUUUAUAGUGGGGAAGGCAAGUGGAAUGAUGAGAUUAUCUGAGUUGAAGAACUUGUCACAACUUCGAGGAAGACUGUCUAUGCUAGAUCUACAUAAUGUUUUGGAUGUUCAAGAUGCUAGGGAGGCCAACCUAGACAAGAUCCAUGGUCUGGAGGAGUUAGUCUUGGAGUGGACUACUUCUAAGAAUCAUCGAGAUGAAUUAGUCCUUGAAAUGCAAGUCCUUAGCUGGUUAAAACCUCAUUCAAAUUUGAAAAAUCUCAAAAUUUCUUGCUAUGGUGGCAAGAAUUUCCCUCCUUGGGUUUGUGAUCCAUUAUUAUUUUUCAAUUUAUCAUCCAUGGAGCUCAACAAUUGUAAGAAAUGCACUUUGUUACCAUCACUUGGCUUAUUACCUGUUCUCAAAAAAUUGAUUAUCAAAGGUAUGGAGGCAAUAGAAGCUGUAGGUUAUGAGUUUUAUGGGAGACAAGACUGUUUUCCAUCACUAGAGGAACUGUUGUUUGAAAACAUGUUAAAUUGGAAGGAAUGGACUUCUCUUGCUGGAAGUGAAGGUGAAUUCCCUCGUCUUCGUAGCCUUCUGAUUCAAAAUUGUCCUAGUCUGGGUGAUCUCACCUCACUUACUUAUUUGAGCAUUGAGAAAAUUUUAGAACUGACUUGCUUGCCUAUGAAUAUGAGUCUUCCAUCAUUGAAAGAGUUGUUUAUUAGAGAUUGCAACGAGGUGCUUUUGAAGAGCAUGGUUGAUCUCACUUCCCUCACUAACUUGAGAAUACAUCAUAUUAUAAAAUUGACUUGCUUGCCAAAGAGUUUUACACAGUCCUUGACAGCACUUGAGACUUUAGGUAUUAGAAAUUGCUAUAAUCUUACUUCUUUGUGGGAGGAAGGGACAGAAAUAGAACAAAGCCUCUUGCCUUUCAAUCUUAAACAUCUUAAGCUUGAGAAAUGUAGAGCUUUGGAGUCAUUACCUGAUGCAAUGAUGACAAGGAUGGAUGGAAGCAGUAGCAGAAGCACUAGCAUGUUGAUGUCGAGACUAGAAAGGGUAGUUGUCAUCAACUACCAGCUUUUCUCAAGAAAUUUACAGUUACUAAUGGUGGCGAGUGGUUGGAAUCAUUUCCAAAGAGGAUGCUGCAACAUUGUAUGGAACUCCAAUCCAUUACUAUUCAACACUGUAAAAUAUUGAAAAGUUUACCCAACCUCGAUUGUGUCAGCAAUCUCCUUGAGUUAACUAUUUCCAGCUGUGAAGUUUUAGAGUCCUUACCAGAAGAGUUGGGGUUAUGCACCCCCAAUCUUAAUUUCUUGGUGAUAGGAUGGUGUGAGAAUUUCAAAUCCCUCCCAAAUACAAUGUACCAGCUGAAAUCUCUUCAAAAGCUAUGGAUGUUUGGUUGCCCCAGGAUUGAGUUCAUUCCAGAUGGGGGUUUGCCCCCAAACUUAAUAGAACUUCAAUUUGAAA